UCCAAAACAAACACCUCCAUCUCUUCCUCAUCCACAUGAUUCCUAAAGCACCAACAGCAUACUGAUCUGCUCCCCAGAAUUCUUCCCCCCUCUCACCUUUCAUACCUUACCCACUAGGACCACCACUGGCACCCACCACGCCUAGCAUGGCUCCCCAAUUCUACCACCUCCCAUCCUCCCCCUCCCUCCAAGUCCUCGACCGCUUCUCCCUCCUGCCCGAAUCCCUCGCCCACGACCUCGAAGACCCUUCCUCCGGCCUCAUCCCCUUCUGGCCCCUUCUCACCCACGUCCUCUCCCCACUAGAAUCGGAUAAUGACUCGGAUGAAGUCAAACCCACCACCUUCGCCGCCCUCACCGCCCUCCUCGACACCAUCUCGGCCACGCUGCGCGGCACGUCCCACCCGGCGGGGGAUUAUGUCCUGCUGAGGGAGGCUAUUACGGCCCACUUUGGCGACGAGCCGCAUUUCUUUACCGAUGUCUGGCCGCGGGUGGUGGAGCUCGCCCUCGAGAUGCCGCGUCUGUUUCCUAGCGGCCAGCUGUCUAUCCUGGGACGUGCUACUGGCAGUGGUGCGGCAGGGGAGAAGCAAGACGAACAAGAGGUGCUGCUGUCGCGGCGGCAGGCGGCGUGCUUGGUGGUGCAUAUGUUUCUGAGGACGGUGGCUGCGCCGGAUUGGAAGGAGGAAGGAGAGGGGCUGCAUGAUUUUGGAGUGUGGUAUGGGAGUGAGGGCCAGAGGCAGGUUAGUGCCGCGCGGGCGUAUUUGGGCGCCUUGAUGCGGUAUUUGGGGGAGGUGGUUUGUCGGGAUGCUGAGGAGGGGGAUGACGACGGGUGGAUGGUGAGGUAUACCCUGCGGACGGUGGAAGAAAGCGAGUUUCAAGGGGUUUUGGGGGGAAGGGGAUGUCGCCUAGUGGAGGUGGAGGUGCAAGUGAUUGAGAGGUAUGAUCUAUCGCCGGCGAGUUUGGGGGUACCCGGUGGUGCCGCAGUGGUGUCGGCGAACAGGUACAUUGGGUUUGGACAGUCAGCUACGCAGGAGGAGGUGUAUGUGGGUUCGUCGCCCGAGGCCUGUCCGGCUGUCUUGAUCACCCCUCCGUUGAAGGAUGACCAGGUUUUGGUGGUCAGGGGCGCGCAGGCCAUGGUCAACAUCGCUGGCCAGCGUCGCGAGAUCCGGGUCGACGAGAUGCCUCCCCCUGACGGUGGGGUGAAGGCAUGGCAGGAGAGGACAAUGCUGUUCAUGGACGCACUCGAGCUAGAUAUGAUUGAGGCGGGAACCUCGCUUCCUGACCUUCGUCCUGAGAACAUGAAUCGGGAAAUUCGGAAGGCGUAUACGGCGUUCUCGUCGGGAGGAUUUGGCGAGGUUCGCACCGGUCCCUGGGGUUGUGGAGCAUUCGGUGGUGAUCCAGGAGUCAAGAUGUUUCUGCUCUGGAUUGCCGCGUCACUUGCUGCUACGAAACUUGUCAUAGUCUGCGAUGCAUCUGACCAGAAGUUUGCUGGGGAUUUCUCCAGCCUUGUGAGCAAGGCAAAAGGUGCGAUCUCGGACACAGUCGGUCUUCGCAAACUGCUGGAUCAGGCACCAAAGGCUUUGGCCAGGGGUCAGAUUCUAUCUUGGAUUCUGAGCAACUGGAACACUGCCAAGAUACUUUGUAGACAAGGUGGCUUAUAGGAGAAAGCUACUGCGAAUGGGCAAGGCGUUUCACACAAUUGAGGCAGAGGUACGCCGUCAGAACCGUAAGCGAAGCGUCUGCGACUUGAUUGCCCCGUUGAUUUUAAAGCAAACUAGCUGCCCUGGUCUCAG